AUGGCAGAAUGUUUGAGAUGCAUUACUUCUAGCCAACGACACGAACCAUCCGAGAGUCCAUCCCCGCUGAAACUCGAUGGAUCCGCAUUUCUCCGCGGACUACAUGUAGCUCGUAACGAUCUGUGCGAUGUGUCGUUGCGGGGCGCGGAUGAUCCGUUCAAACCAGUGCAGCCGAUUCCCUGCCAUCGCAUUCUGCUGAUGGCGCACAGCGGCUGGUUCCGACGCAUGCUGCUCUCCCCGAUGAAGGAGUCCAGACAGGAUACCAUCCAGCUGCACAGCGUUCCCCAUGACAUUCUGCAGCAAUUGGUGGGCUACAUGUACUCCUUCAAGAUCAACGUGGACGCUGGCAACGCUCUUUUUCUGCUGCAGGCAGCGGACAUGUUGGAGAUGGAAGAGAUUGUAAAGGUGUGUAAGGGUUUCCUGCGGGCCAACAUUGACUCCACCAACUGCCUCACCAUCUACCACGGGGUCACGCAACUGAUCAACUCUGACGAGCUGAACGUGGAGAAGGAGGAGCAGGUGGUUGCGGCAGUUGUGCGCUGGUUGGAUCAUUCUCCUGCUCCACGACUCCAGUACUUAGCGGAGAUGGCGCGACAUCUUCGAGUUGAUUUUUUGACGAACGAUUAUUUGGCUUCCCUCCCCGGCACUCCCGUUGGUCAACUGCUGCACGAGACUAUCAUGCCAAGCUCUGUACGCGAUAGCGCACCGCGCAACAGCUAUGGACCGGUCAUCGGUACUUUCUGGGUCGACAGGUGGCCCCAGAAUCCCACAGCGGGCAUUGCCUGCCGGGAUCCGCUGACUUCCACAAGCUGGAGUUUUUCUUGCUCCCUUCCGCCGAUUCAGAGUAUGAGUGAUGCGACUUUUGUCAUGAAGAACGAUUGCCUGCUCGUCUACGUUGUGGGAAAAACGGGCGGCGGCGAGAGCGCAGUCUGUCACCACCUGCAGGUGUACGAAGUCAAUCUGGAUGAGUGGAUGAUUUUAGCGACGCUUCCCGACCACGAGUACUGCAAGCCGGUCGUCAUUUGUGAUCAGGUGUACCGUGUAUGCGCUGGUUGA